AAGGUUGCGGAAGAAGCUGUCAUUUCGUAGUUAUUAUCCUGAUAUUAUCUCGUCCAAGCAGUAUUUCCCAUUAAACUGAUACUAAUUCAACGACAGAUGUGACCGUUUUAACAGAGCUCAAGAAUGGGAUUUACACCGGGACUCUUUCUUGGUGUUAAACCGUCGAAAACGCUUGUGUUUCUGCCUUUUCUGUUGACAUUAUUGCUCGUUGGGAGCCAAGGCGAUAAUAAUGCGAUGGAUAACGUCUCAACCGAGAGGCUGGCUGAGGAAAGCCACCGACAAGACAGUGCCAAUCUACUUAUAUUCAUAAUGCUCUUAACACUCACCAUCUUAACGAUAUGGCUGUUCAAACACCGGCGAUUCAGGUUCCUGCACGAAACAGGACUGGCCAUGAUCUAUGGCGUGUUGGUGGGUGUGAUCCUGCGUUUUGGAGUCCAUGUCCCCGCGAGCAUGAGUGAUGUGAUCCUCAACUGCGCCGUCAACGCCAGUCCCACUACACUUCUGGUCAACGUCAGUGGGCGAUUCUACGAGUACACGCUAAAGGGGGAAGUCAGCCGGGGCAAAGGUCACCAAGUACAGGACGACGAGAUGCUGAGAAAGGUGACCUUUGACCCAGAAGUGUUUUUCAACAUUUUGCUGCCUCCCAUUAUCUUCCAUGCUGGUUACAGUCUCAAAAGGAGACAUUUCUUUAGAAACAUCGGCUCCAUCCUGGCCUAUGCUUUCAUCGGAACAGUUAUCUCCUGCUUUGUUAUUGGGCUGAUCAUGUAUGGCAUUGUGUCCUUCAUGAAAGUUGUGGGCCAGCUUGGAGGAGAUUUUUUCUUUACCGACUGCCUCCUGUUUGGGGCCAUCGUUUCAGCAACAGACCCAGUGACAGUGCUGGCUAUCUUCAAUGAGCUAAAAGUAGAUGUGGACCUGUAUGCUUUACUCUUUGGGGAGAGUGUCCUCAAUGAUGCUGUGGCCAUCGUCCUCUCUUCCUCUAUUGUGGCGUAUCAGCCUGCAGGAGACAACAACCACAGCUUUGAGGCCAUGGCCAUGCUGAAAUCCUUUGGUGUCUUCCUGGGAAUCUUCAGCGGAUCCUUUGCUCUUGGGGUGGCCACCGGAUUCAUGACCGCUCUCGUGACCAAAUUCACUAAGCUGCGGGACUUCCCCUUGCUGGAGACGGCGCUCUUCUUCCUCAUGUCGUGGAGCACCUUCCUAUUGGCUGAGGCCUGCGGGUUCACAGGCGUAGUGGCUGUGCUGUUCUGUGGGAUCACUCAGGCUCACUACACCUUCAACAAUCUCUCCCCCGACUCUCAGGACAGGACCAAACAGUUGUUUGAGCUGCUGAACUUCCUGGCAGAGAACUUCAUCUUCUCCUACAUGGGCCUGACUCUCUUCUCCUUCCAGUCACACGUCUUUAACCCUAUGUUCAUCAUCGGAGCCUUUUUUGCUGUGUUUUUGGGCAGGGCGGCAAACAUCUACCCUUUGUCCUUCCUGCUCAACCUGGGCCGCAAGAACAAGAUUAAAUCCAACUUCCAGCAUGUCAUGAUGUUUGCAGGUCUGCGUGGGGCAAUGACCUUUGCUCUUUCAAUCCGAGACACAGCGACUUACGCCCGCCAGAUGAUGUUUUCAACCACCCUGCUGAUUGUCUUCUUCACUGUGUGGAUCUGUGGGGGGGGCACCACGCCCAUGCUGUCCUUCAUGAGCAUACCGGUGGGUGUGGACUCUGAUCAAGACAACUCUAGCUCAGCGGUGUUGGAUGGGACACAACGGAGCACCAAACAUGAGAGUGCCUGGCCCUUCAGGAUCUGGUAUAACUUCGACCACAACUACCUAAAGCCCCUCCUGACCCACAGCGGCCCCCCCCUCUCUUCCACUCUGCCUGCUUGUUGUGGACCGCUGGCCCGAUGCCUCACCAGCCCGCAGGCCUAUGAGAACGAGUACCGGCUCCACGAGGAUGACUCGGACUUCAUCCUGAACGACUCCAGUGUCAGCUCCAUUUACGCCGACGUCACCGUCAGCACGGACGCUUCUGGGUCCCGCACCACCAGCAGGGGGGGCCGGCGGGCUGAGGGUCUGGAGCACGAGCUGGGCUCAGCGGAGCAUGAAGUGGCGAUCAGGGGCACCCGCCUGGUCCUGCCCAUGGACGACCCAGUGGAGCCCCCGACCACCUUCACCCUGCCCCCCCCGCCUUCACCGCCACGCUCCGAGCCUCGCAGGCACAGACUGUAAGAAAGCGUACACUGUCAGGAUGCAGUUUGUUGUUUUAAGCAUUACAAAAAAAAUCACAAAUCUUCAAAUUUGAAUUCAAAAGGAAAUUAUUUGUUGGGAUUUUUGAUUGCUUUUAGAGUAUGAGUCACAUAAAAGUUACCAUAUUGAUGGGACCACCUCUCUAACGUGGAUUUAAAAUAGGCUCAGCUUUGUGACAAACAUGAAGUACGCUUUAUUCAACUUGCUAUUUAGGUGGAUUUCUGUAAUCUUGAAAGUGAGCGUACUCUGUCGAGGUAAGGUACUGUCAAUCAAGUGCACCUCAAACCUAAGGGUUACUUAAAAUAAUGCGGGACGCACAUUUGGCUUGCAUUAAGGAAAGCUUAAAAAAUGGGGCUGUAGUGUUGGCUCAUGCAAGUGCUAUUUCUAUAAUCCAUUAAAGUCCCUCCGGCUUUAUGGAGGGACUUUAAUAUGCAGUUUACCCUUCUCUCUGUGGUGAAGUUGCUCCUGACUACAGGACCUGUAUUUGUUUAGCUUCCCUUCAAGUAUUGGUACGAUGACCUACAGCAUCAUUUAGUGCACAGAACUCUAAAACGUUACUCUGGUACCAAUAAUGAGAGAGCAUUUUACACUGCAGCCACAUUAUUAAUAUUAUCCAUCCAUCCACAGACUGUACGUUUAUCUAGUGUGUUUUCCUCCUGCUCAAAGGUCAAAGGUCAAAGGUCCCAGGUGGAGAAGGGUUAAGAACAAGUAGAUUACAUUGGCAUCUGUGGUGGAAGCAGUAUUAGAAGUUUUUUAAAGAGAUUUUAAAAUGAACAAAUAUGUUCUAAAAGAUUGAAAGUAGAUAUAUUUCAGCCAAGCCAUAAAAUCCAACUUAAAUUUGAGCACUGCCGAAUCAGUCUUUUCCCUUAUUCAUGUAUUUAUUUAUAAUAAAAAAAAAGAGUUAUUAUUUAUUGUUUAUUUAUUGUUUUCGGGGUGACAUUAAUGAUUAUCUUGCCCUGUUUGAACAUAGGGCUGUUUGUGGUGAAAGGCUGUUAUCAUGCACAUUUUCGGAACAAAACACUACAUAAUUGUACGGUAGAUAAGUCUUGAGGCCGGUGGAUCAUCAUUUGAAGAGUUUGAUCUUUACCAAGUGUGCAUGUUAUUAUAUCUCCUUCCUGCACUGUAGCAGAUCUUUUACUUUAUAUUUGGAAACUAGAGCUUCCCUGUGUGCAUAUUUUAAGUGUGUGUGGGGCUGAUGUCAGGAUGAAAUUGUCCAAAUCUACUGACGCUGGUUUUAGGGCUUUUGUCUGUUUCUGGGUUAUGUCUGGUUUAAUCUUUCUUAGAAAAAGUAACUGCCGUGUCUUGAUGACUUUGAGGGCUGGCUGAACUGUUUUGACUUAAAGUGCCUAUUCUGGAAUUCUAUUACAUAAUGUAGAUUUGUACAUAUUUUGAUUUACUAAUGUGCAGUAAGAUUAUCUUUCUUGUUUUUUUAUAUGACACAAAAAAACUAUGACCAAUGCUUAAUAUUAUAUUCCCAGUAUAAUUAGGCCAGGCCUCUAGGGUGGCGAUCACAAAAGAGUGCAAACUAAAACAUUGUACUUUGUUAACGGGAAACAAGUAUCACUAAUAUUUUCUCAGACGGAAUCACUUUUUGUAAAGUAUACUUUAUGUGGCAUUUGAGAAUGACACUAUUGGGGGCUGAAUUUAAACGCAAAAAGAACCUGGUGACCUCUUUUUAUUUUGUAGAAGGUCUAGGAAAAGAUACGACUACUCAUAUUGGUGUUCAGUCUUUUCACUCCUUGUUUGGCAACUGAUAUCCUAUAAUAUGUUCCCACCUCAGUGUGAGAUAACUUGCACUUAGGCAUCUCCUUGUUUGCUGUUUGGUGAUUUCUAUGAUUGAAGUAGAAAUGUAUUCCUGCUAAAAAUCCCAUUUUCAAAUGUUCAAAUGCUUGUAACUGUCAAGCUGCACGAGUUGUCUUUUUGAUCUGUAAGCGUUGUUCUGGGGUUUGAGAGAUAAGGACAAGCGAACUCACCAUUUGUUCCUUUCAGUAAGGUACCUUUUGAUUUUCAUUUGUUGUUUAACUGUAAUUAAACCAUAACAAAAACAUAUGUUUAUAUGGGAAUUUUUGAAGAAACGUCUAUAAUCAUAAAAUAACAACUAAACCUGAAAAUCUGAACAUGUCUAUGUUUCUACUGUUUGUAGAAAGUGUUACUGACAAUUGUAUUUGUGAAAAGUACACCUGCAAAAGUUCAAUAUGUGAAUGUUUUAAAAUGUGAACUCAUUAUGAGGGGAAAACAAUCAAAGAUAUAUUAUAUUGUUCCCUGUCUGGUCCUGAAGUCUUAACAUGAAGUCAGACAUCUUGCAAGUGUACUAGAAAAUAAAAAAAGACAUGUCUUUGCUCAUUCAAAUUA